AUGGCGAAAAGGAAACGAGAAUCCGCGCCGGAAGGGGACCGCUUGGAGGCUAAAAACUCGACGAAGAAGGCGAAAGCGGCGACGAAGGCUCCGCAGUCUACAGUAAUUAAGCUGAGCGACAAUGGCUCUGUGACAAUCCAAAUCGUCGCCGGGUCCUACGACCGAGUGCUCCACGGCAUCACAGCGACAGUCAAGCCGGCACCGGCCGCUGCUGCCCCUGCGAAGAAGAAGGGCAAAGACAGCGACGCGCCAGCGCAGCCACAGCCGAAGACCGAGUUCGCCGACACGUUCCUCUUCAACGCGCACAACUCGGCCAUCCGCUGCCUCGCCCUCUCCCCGCCGUCGGCCCCGGCGCCAGGGCAAUCCCAAAAGGUUUUGCUCGCGACGGGCAGCACAGACGAGCGCAUCAACAUCUACAACCUCUCGGCGCACCCGCCGUCCCACCGCGCCGAGGAGGACAAGGAAUGGAAACUGCUCUCGUCGCUCGCGCCCCGCCCGAUCCUCGAAAACCCGAAAAACCGCGAGCUGGGUACCCUGCUGCAUCACUCGUCCAACAUCACGAGGCUUGCCUUCCCCAACCGCUCCAAGCUGCUCAGCGCCGCCGAGGACUCUACGAUAGCAGUCACGCGCUGCCGCGACUGGACGCUGCUGCACACCUUCAAAUGCCCCAUCCCGAAGGUGCACGGCCGGCCCAGCGGGGAUACGGCCGGGGUGGGCGGGGUGCCGCACGGGGUGAAUGACUUUGCGGUGCACCCAAGCAAUAAGAUCAUGAUUAGUGUCAGCAAAGGGGAGCGGUGCAUGCGGCUGUGGAACUUGGAGACGGGCAAGAAGAGCAGGGUGUUGAAUUUUGAGCGCGGGCUGCUGGCGGAGCUGGGAGAGGGGAAGCACUCGACGGGCGAGGCGAGGAGGAUUGUCUGGGGUAGUGCGAGGGGCGGGGAAGAUGAGUUCGCGGUGGGGUUCGAUCGGGACGUGUUGGUGUUUGGCAUCGACUGCGUGCCGCGGUGUCGGGUCAUGCAAGAUGCGAGGAUGAAGGUGCAUGAGUUCUGCUAUGUUGAGUUGGGUGGAGAGAGGGACGAGACGGUGCUUGCAGUGUCCACGGAGGAUGGGCGGGUUGUGUUCUUCUCAACGGCCGAGGAGGAUUUGGAGGCGCCGCCCAAGGACAAAACGCUGCGGGUGGCGAGGUUGGUUGGCACGCUGGGGGGAAAGGAGGCGGGCGUGGAGGGCAGGAUCAAAGACUUUACGGUCCUGCCGGUGGAGGACAGGGAGCGGAAGAGGUCAUUCUUCAUCGUCACCGGGAGCAGCGACGGCCGCAUCCGGCUGUGGCAGGUGGGCGCUGAAGACCUGAGCAGCAGCAGCACGGGCGAGUCGCCCAAGCAGGUCGGCCAGCUCCUGGGGCUGUAUGAGACGCAGAACAGAAUCACUUGCGUGGCGGCCUUCGUCAUGAUACCCCGGCCGCAGGGGGCGGAGGAGAGCGAGUACGAGUUUGAGACGGAGGAGUCAGAGGAGAGCGGCGACGAGUAG